UAUUAAUGUUUGCCACAGUGGAUCCUCUAACAGGAGGUUUAAUAUGGGAAGUAGAAGGAUAAAAAUAGAAAGAGUAAAAGGAGUAGAAUAAGGUGAAGUAUGUUGAGAUAAAGGAUAUCAAUAUAAACUUUAAUCCAAGACCUAGUAGGUAAAUUAUGAUAAAAUUUUGAAAGAUUGUCUUUAGAGGAGAAAUUGAAAUUAAUAGAGCCAAUAGCAGAAGAAUUGAUAGAGAAAGAGGGAUUAAUAAGAGUUUUGAAAACAAAAUAAUUUCCUAUAUGUUAUGAUGGAUUCGAGCCAAGUGGAAGAAUGCAUAUAGCUUAAGGAUUACUUAGAGCUUUGAAUGUGAAUAGAUUAGUAGAUGCAGGAUGUAUAUUUAUAUUUUGGGUGGCUGACUGGUUUGCAUUACUUAACAAUAAGAUGGGAGGAGAUUUAAAUAAAAUAAGAAAUGUAGGGCGAUAUUUUAUAGAAGUAUGGAAGGCUGCAGGAAUGAAAAUGCAUAAUGUGUAAUAUACAAUAUUUAUAACUAAGUAAAUUCCUUUGGGCAUCUGAUGAAAUAAAUAAGAGACCAAAUGAUUAUUGGUUAGGAGUAUUGGAUUUGGCUAGAAAGUUUAAUGUAACAAGAAUUAAAAAAUGUGGAUAAAUUAUGGGUAGAAAUGAUGAUGAAUAAGAUGAUAAGACUGCAGUUGCUUAAUUGUUCUAUCCAUGUAUGUAAUGCAAUGACAUCUUCUUUUUAGAAGCAGAUAUUUGUUAAUUAGGUAUGGAUUAAAGGUAAUAUUAUUAUUCUAUUAAAUAUUUUAGAAAAGUUAAUAUGUUAGCAAGAGAAUAUUCUGAUAAAUCAACAGAUCUUUAUAAGCCAAUUAUAAUGUCUCAUCAUAUGAUGAUGGGUUUAUUAGAAGGAUAAACUAAAAUGUCUAAAUCUGAUGUUAAUUCAGCUAUUUUUAUGGAAGAUUCAGCAGAAUCUGUUAGAGAUAAAAUUAAGAAAGCUUACUGUCCACCUUAAAUUAUUCAGGAUAAUCCUGUAUUGGAUUAUACAAGGGAAAUCAUUUUUGGAUGGAGGAAUAAACUUAAGAUUUUAAGAAAACCUGAAAAUGGUGGAGAUAAAGAAUAUGCAUCAUAUGCAGAUCUAGAAGCAGACUUUGUAUCAGGAGCCCUUCAUCCAGGGGAUUUGAAACCUGCAGUAAUUUAAGUUCUUAAUGAAUUAAUUUAACCUGUAAGAGAUCAUUUUGCUAAAGACCCAGAAGCAAGAGCUUUAUUAUAAGAAAUUAGAUCAUAUUAAAUUACAAAAUGAAUAUCAAGUAUUAAACAUAAAGGCAAUAU